AAAAGACUGUUUAAUCGUACUUUUCUUGGGCAACUGUCGUAAUUUCCCUUUGUCCAAAAAGGUAAGAAGAUCAUCUGAAUUUUAAUUUUCAUUUGUCCGAAUAAAAGUGUAAUGUCAGUUUACGCAGUAGAAAUGCAGCUCUUUUUUUUCAUAAAUUGACAAAACCAUGCCUGAAAUUGCAGAAGUAGAAAGUGCAAGGCUUAGGAUUCAUAGGCAAUUGGUAGAAUAUAAAGUUAUCAACGUAGAAACUGUUGAUGAUGCACUAGUAUACCAUGGAAUAUCUUCUGAGGAUUUUUCAAAAAGUAUCACGAAUAAGACAUUGGCUGAUACUAAACGAUGGGGGAAAUAUUUUGUGCUAUUAUUUGAUAAGGGACCUCAUAUCGUUGCACAUCUUGGCAUGACAGGAGGCAUUCGUUUUGAACAUGAAGAAAAAGAAUGGCCGCCUCGAUUUUGGAAGCUUUUGAUCACCUUUGAGCAUCCCAUUACAAAAAAGGUGAUUAAUUUUGGAUUCAAGGACCCUAGAAGGCUUGGAAGAUUAAGACUGGUGGAAGGGAAUCCAUUAAAUUCCGAACCGAUCAGUAAGUUAGGGUUUGACCCUGUACUUAACUUACCACCCUUUGAUGACUUUUCAAAGCUGGUUCUCAAGAGAUCUGUGCCCAUCAAGGCUCUCUUGUUGGACCAGUCGUUUUCUGCUGGUGUUGGUAACUGGGUCGCAGAUGAAAUACUAUAUCAUGCAGAGAUCCAUCCUGCUCAGUAUUCGAAUACACUAACCACAGAUGAACUGCAGCUGCUCUAUGACAAGAUGAAGUACGUUUGUGAGACCGCAGUGGCUGUUGAGGGGGAUGAUUCAAAGUUUCCAGACAAUUGGUUGAUGAAGUAUCGCUGGAAUAAGGGGAAAGGGGCUGGAAAGGGUAUAUUGCCUAAUGGGCAAGUCUUGAAAUUUGAAACUGUUGGUGGUAGAACAUCUGCGUUUGUUCCAACAAGGCAAAUCUUACGAAAGACAAAAGUAACUAAGGCUACGGUUACUACUACAACCACAAAGAUAACCAAGAAAAAAAGAUGUACAACAGUUGAAGAAGAUGAAGAACAAGACGAGAUUAAAACAGAAUACAUCAAGAUCAAAACGCGUACUCAUUCAAGGUAUAACUUUAGAAAUAAUAAGGUGGAGAAUAAAGAUCUAUAAUAGCUUGAUUGAGUUUUUUCUCUUUAAUCUAAAUAAUCA